AAUGUUAGGUGAAUAUAUAAAUGAGGGACCAAUGUUUGACAAGUCUUAGUGAAAACAAAUGGGUCUCUUGCACAGCAAGGCAGCUUGUCUGAAACGAAAAAUUGACGAAUCUACAAGUAAUUCAAGUUUAUCUAAUUUACGCUAUAUACUAAAUGCUGAUAAACCAAAAUGGAAUCUGUUUUGGAAAAGAAAGAUAUCACCAGUGCAAACGUACUCAGCUACGUCUCGUAAGCUUAUGAAGGGCUGUGUUUGUGGUAACAUGAGGCCGUGCAAGCAAAAGAUAACACCAAAAGGAGUAAUUAUGCAUUAUCCAAAAAAAAAAAAAGCAUUCACCAACUUCCGACGAAAAAAGGAAUUAAUACCCGAAAAACGUGGUCGCAAUAUAAAGCCUUGUAUACAAAAUAAAGUUGAAUUUAUCACACAUAAGAAAUUUCCUGUUUGGUAAAUAGACAAGUAUUAGUAAGUGUUCUCAUUAUUCCUGUGUUGAAGAUGUAAUGUUGAUCAGUUUUAAACCCAAAUGUUAAAAAAUAUACACCUACAAUCAA